CCCUUAACCAAUAAUGAUAUCAUUAACAUUCGGGACUUAAAUCGAUAUCAUUAUUUGUUUAAAACGUUGUCUAGGACGCCCUGCAGUAUGGCGUGUUUAAGGAUUCUUCUUACCAGUCUUGUGAUUUGUGGGAUUCCGGCGAUUGUUUUGUGUGAUGAGUGUUGCAAGGCACAUAAUGGCCUAUUUCUCAAAAACGACGAGAAGUGGUGCAGCAACUACUGUUGCUUUAAACUGGGGAAGUUUGACUGCUGCGACAACUAUCUUUUGCAAGCGCCAUCUAGCGAGAGAGAAGACUUCUGUUCAGAUUAUUACCGCAGCCAUGAGUGGGUGCCCGUGCUAAUUGCUCUAGGAAGCUUGGCCCUGUUAGUCGGUCUGUGUGUCUUUAUCCAUAAGGCUUGUUGUGGUAGGAGCCAGUCGGUGGGCGUGGUUUUGCAAGGACCUAAUCCAGGUGUCACGGUUGUACAUUCCGGCAACACAAUGCAGCAGCAACCCGGGUAUCCUAGCAACACGAUGCAGCAACCCGGGUAUCCAAUGCAACAAGCUCCAAAUUACCCGGCCUAGCUUGGCCAUUAAUAUUCAAUAUUCCUGUCAAAGUGGAAACCUGAGACACUCGGACAUUGUUUGAGAGUGCAAUUGUUCCUUUAAUAUUCUAUUCUUUUUAUUAUACUUUGUUUGUGAACAUGCGUGGUCUGUCAAUGUGGUUAUAUAUUUGUUAUAUAAAUAUUGAAUAAUGUAAUAUUUUGAAAAUCACAAGCGCUAGCUUAUUUUACUUCUAGUAAUGCAAUUAGUUUUGGAUCCAAGAUAAGUGUCUGUGAUAAAGUUUAUAAAACUGUGUUCAUUAAUCAGCUUUUUACUUUUAUUUAAUUAAUUGGAGUAAGUGAAAAAAAGGCAUUUUUAAAAAACAUUUUAAUCACUUGUCAUCCUGCUUUUGAAGUUGUUAUUUACAUAAAGCAUAACAUCAGGCCCCUCCGCCACCAACUCUCCUCAAGUAAAUACUAAGCCUCAAUUCUGAGUUUUGACCUCAAAUUCAUGCACUGUUUCUUUCAAGGAUAUGAGUUGAGGACUGAGUUGAGAGAUUUCACAAUUUUGGUGAUGGCGGGGCCUGAUUUCUUAAAAGACACAUAGCAUCCCAAUAGGAAUACACCAAGAUAUCAGCGACAACUAGUUAACAACGUUAAACAAAGUUGUAUACAAGAGCGACAAAUUUUAAUCUAGUUAUUGCAAAUGGAUUAAAAACAACGCGGUGUUCCACCAAACAAAAAUGAUGAAAUAAAGGUGGUAUGGGACAUCUGCCGAUGUUAAUGUGGAUUAAAAUGAAUAAAAUACUUUCACUCGUCUAGAAUUUUCAAUUUUUACAAUAUUAAACCCCAAAGUACGUUUUAGAAAAAAUGAAAGGCACAAAUUUUAACAGGAUUCGAACCCGUGACUUACAGAUUUGAACCCUCAAAUCCACUGUGCUACUCUGUUAGGAACUAUUUAGAAAAUUACACUUUCUUUUACUGUUUUUUUAUUUUAUAAAUAGUACGUCACAACAUGGAGGUGUUCUAUACCACCUUCAUCAUUGGAGAUGAAUAUCCCUGGGGUUUUUUUUAAUUAAAAAAAAUGACGAUUUUAUUAUUUUGCUUAAAUUCACCUACUUAAAGGUCAUUUUGCUUCGUGCUAUUAAAAACACACAAAACUUAAACCAAUCAAUCUAAAAAUUCAUUUCAGUUAAGUUAGGACUUUAGUAUCUGAAGAUCAGAUUAUAUGUCCAUGCACACUUGAUACAAGCACCAAAAACUCUAGACUCAAUCUAUCAAAACUAUCAGUUGUGUUAAUCAUUGAAUUCAGA